AUGCAUUCAAAUGAAGAUAAAAGUCUGAGAGAUAAUAUAACAAAAAAUCCAUGUAUAAUAUUUAUUUUUAAUAAUAAGAAGUUUCAAGAUCUAGAAUUCAACUUGGAAAGUUAUAUCAUAUCUGUGGUUUUGCAAAAACACAACUAUCAAUCAGCAACUCAAUCUAAUGAUAUUUUAAGCUUAUACCAAGGUGAACAUAUAAAGGUAGGAGUAUUAAUAGAUCAGAAUGAACAAGAAUAUAAUCUUUAUGAUAUAAUUUUUGAUAUUCCAAAUGAAGAAAAGCAGUCUGUAUUAACUAACUUUGCUUGGGAGGGACAAUACCAAAGUAUGGAUGCCAAUAAUAAUGAAUAUUGGAAAUCCUUUAAUAUACUUCAAGAUACUGGAUCACAUAUUACUGAAUUAGAUGUUAAAUAUUUCGAGAGAUUAAAAAUGAAACUCUACUUAUUUGAUUUUUCAUUGACUAUAAAACCACAGUAUUGGAAUACUCCACUAAAUAUUUUUAUACAAGUUGAAUAUACUCACUUUAAUACAGAUAAAUUUAUAUUAGAUGAUAAUGUUGUCGGAAACUUUGAAAGCUUUGUUUCACCAUUUAAUAAUAAUGAGCUUAAUGAAGAAAAUGUAUACACUUGUGGUAUAUCUUUGCCUAUAAUUAUUAAAGUUCCACUAACAAUAUCAAAUUAUUAUCUUCAUGACGAAUUUAUUUUGUAUAUGGACAUUUUAAAUCAUGAUACGAAUAAUAAUAUUAUUAUAGAGUAUAUAUAUAGCAAUUUUCCCCAAAAUGGGAAAUUAAAUUUACCAUGGAUACUCAAACCUAGUCAAUAUUGGGGAUGUGCUCUUAAGAUAAGUGACAAGAGAAUCCUUAAUAAAAGUGGUGAUUCUACUACAAUUUCACAAGUCAUUCCAAUAUUUAUUAAGUGGAAAGUAUCUUUAGAAACUUAUGAUCACAGAGUUUUAACACAAUUUGCCCUUCAAUUAAAAGAAGAUAGUAUUGAAGAUAAUGAUAUAUGUUAUAUAGGGGAAUUAAUUAGUCGAAGUAAUCUCAAUUCAAAUGAUACAGUAAAAACUGGAGUAUCUAGUAAUUUAGAUCAUGGAUCUGAUAAGCUUUCAUUAUUUUCUGCAACUUGUAGUGUAGAAGGCGUAGCUGAGAAGGCAGGUGAUGCUAUUUAUUUAAAUAUAGAGGUCAUUAAUAAAAAACCUUCAGCACAACUAGAUUUACAAAUAGUAGUGGAUUAUCAUCCCCAAUAUCCGGUUGUACCUAUUUUUGAGAAGAUUUCAUUAAACUACAAUUCAUAUACAAAAUCAACUUGUGCUGUACUAUAUCCCUUGAAAAUGUGUUAUCCUGGUAUAUUUAAAUGUCCUAAUAUAUAUAUAACUGAUCAAAUCACCAACUUUAAAUAUUCAAUUAAUAAACUUCCAAUUUUAAUUUGUAAAUCUUAA